UGCUGUGCAAUAGUUAACUUGCGCGUAAAGUUAUCGUUUAACUUUGAAGAAUUGUCAAAGACCUGCAGGUGUUGUUGUCUCAUUUGGGCGUAUUGCAUUUAUACGAGGAAGAGUGAAACAACAACAAUAAGUUACAAGCUUUGGAGCGUGCCUAGAGACUAGCGCGACUAAUUUUACUGCUUAAAAGUUCGAAAAAGCGUACGCAAUUCCUUCAACACUAAAUGCAAAACUGGAGUUGCUAGACUCCAGCAGCAGCAACGACGACACCAUUCAGUCCACCAACUUGAAUCGAAAAUUAAUCAAAAUUAAAAAGUUCAAGCUGGACGAUAUGAAGGAAAUGGUGGGCGGCUGUUGUGUUUGUUCCGACGAGCGGGGGUGGCCGGAGAACCCGCUCGUCUACUGUGACGGCCAAAAUUGCACCGUUGCCGUGCAUCAGGCAUGCUACGGCAUCGUUACCGUACCCACUGGACCCUGGUAUUGUCGCAAAUGCGAGUCCUUGGAGCGCACCUCGCGCGUACGCUGUCAGAUCUGCCCCUCCAGAGAUGGGGCGCUCAAGAAGACCGACACCUGCGGCUGGGCUCAUGUCGUUUGCGCGCUGUAUAUACCCGAAAUACGUUUCGGCAAUGUGACCACAAUGGAACCCAUUAUAUUAACACUAAUACCGCAGGAGCGUUACUCAAAAACCUGCUACAUUUGUCUGGAGAUUGGCAAACCGAAUCGCGCCAAUGUGGGCGCCUGCAUGCAAUGCAACAAGGCCAACUGCAAGCAGCAGUUCCAUGUGACCUGUGCGCAGAGCUUGGGCCUGCUAUGUGAGGAGGCUGGCAACUAUUUGGACAAUGUCAAGUACUGUGGCUAUUGCCAGCAUCAUUAUAGCAAGUUGAAAAAGGGCGGAAACGUCAAAACCAUACCGCCUUACAAACCCAUACAACAUGACACAUCCUCUGAUUCGUGCUCAUCGCCCGAAAAGGAAAUCGAUUCCACGAUGAACUCAGCCUCAACCUCGGCGACAAGCAUCAAAAUUACCAGCAGCAGCUUAGCAACUAACUCCAACAGUCAAUCGAGUUCGGCCAGCAAUGUUUCAUCCUCAACAAAGCAGCGCAAAUCAAAUGCCUCGGGCAAGUCGUCAAGCUCUUCAAGCAGCAGCUCCAGCAAUGCUGCAGCACAGUCAAAUUCCAACAGUGCGUCCAAUGCAGGCAACGCUGUUAAUGCUGCCAGCUUAUUGCCAGGCAACAACAACGGCAGCAGCAACAACAACAGCAACACCAGUGGCAACAACAAUAAUAAUGCGAGUAGUAGCAGCAGCAUGAACAGCGGCGCUGUUGCGGCAAAUCCAAGCAGUGGCAGUAGUAACGCCAAUGGCAAUCAGGCACAAAGCAGCAAUGUAGCCGCCACAGCAGGCACAGGCAGCAGCUCAUCACAGAUUGCAAACAAUUCCAGCAGCAAAUCAGCAGCGAGCAGCAGCAGCUCUGGCAGCAGUUACAAGGAUAAGCAUAGCAAAAGCGCCAGCAAGCAGUCAAGCUCCAGUUCCAGCAAGGAUAAAGAUAAAGAUGUUAUAGGCAACAGUUUUUCACAUUCAUCGACCUCAUCUUCGUCAUCAUCGUCUUCCUCUUCACGCGAAAAGUCUUCGAAAUCAUCGAAAAAUAAAGAAAGCUCAAAGGAAAGCGCCAAGGAAACAAGCAGCAGCAGUAGCAAUCACAUGCCGCAAGUGUCAAGCACAGCCAACAGUAACAGCUCCAACACUAACGCCGCGGCACAUGUGUCCAGCAGUUUGGCUGCUGCAACGCACAGCGAGCAUAGCAAUCAUGCUCAAAACUCAAGUGCCACAGCAGCUGCAGCUACAGCAGGCAGCAGCUCAGCGGGCAAACUGCUGGGCGGCGGCUUUGGCAGCGAGCUGCAUGCAACUAAUACGAAUGCAGCAAAGGAUGCAACAAUCUUUGGCAGCAGCAAUGCGAGCAGUGUGGAUAAUCUUACGGGCGCUGGUACGUCCGCAAAUCCACUGGCAAACAGCAAUGCAGCUGCAAGUGGCAGUGGCAAUGGCAAUGGCAGCAAGAGCAGCACAACUAGCACAGCUGCUGCAGGCGCCAGCAGCCAAAGCAAUCAAUCCUUAGCCAGCAACAGCUCCUCAGCGACUUCAUCAAAGAAGCGCAAGACUGAUGCAGCCAAGUCGCAGGUGACCAGUGUACAUUUGGAUGAUCACAAUAGUUCAUAUCGUGAUUUAAUUAAGGAUGUGCAUGUAUCGCUAACAGACUUUGAAAAGGAAAUUGAGAAGAGCUCCAAACGCCAACGCACAGAGCUCAGUCCGCCCACGCAUCAGACAUCCGCCACAGCCGAGGUGAAUGCAACAUUGGUAACAACAGCAACAAUUGUUGCUGCCAGCAGCGGCACACCAAUAGCCACAACGGCAAGCACAACAGCAGCAGCAGUCACUACCUCAAGCUCCAGCAAUUCAAAUGCAUCCAGCUAUGCCAAAUUAGAAGCCAGCAAAAGUAGCAGCAAACACAGCAGCAGCAAGGAUAACACCAGCAGCAGCUCAGUUUUGGGUGUAACUGGAGUUGCCAGCAGUGGCAGCAACAAUGCUCAGCCCAGCUUGUUUGUAUCGGUGCCGUUGUCUGCCGCCAAUGUACCUGGCAUUAGUUUGCCCAACAACAGUGAAACGCACACGUCCGCCCAAACGCAAGCGCAACAGUCGCCGCUGAUAGCUGGCGCGCCAUUAAGUGGCAGCGGCUCUGUCAUACAGCAGCAGCAGCAGCAUCAAAGCGGCAAAUCAUCACCAGCGUUGGGAUCUCUAGUGAGCAGCAGCAGCAGCGUCGUUGGCACUACCAACUUAACGGCGUCAACUACAGAGAGCGGCAACCUAAAGAUUAGUUUUGAAAAGCAAACGACGCGUGUGCAGCAGCUUCAGGAACAGGAAGCGUCACCAGCUCGCCGUAGCAGAUCGCGCUCUGGUGAAAGUGGUAGCCAUCAUCAACAUCACCACCAGACGCACCCAACCCACCACAAUCAUCACCAAACACCGCAGCAACAGUCGUCACAAUCGCAACAGCAGCAGCAACAACAACAACAGCAACAAGCACUGCACUCCUUCACGUCCUCUUCUUCCUCCACGUCAAGCUCCGCUUCGUCAUUGUCCCUGACUCCACCCGUUAGAUCACAGUCGCGUUCGGGCAAGAAGCGCAGCGCAGUAUUAGGCAAAGCCAGCGAUGUUGCAGCGGCUGUGCCACCAACAACAGCAGCAGCAGCAACUGCAACAAGUGCCGCUGAAAAGCUUAGCCGCAGCGGCGGUGGCAGUGGCAGCCGUACAAGUUCACCACACUAUCGUGCUACGCCCACACCGCCGCCGCAAGCUGCAACGCCUGCGGUCAGCUCGCCGGUGGUCAUGCUGCAGUCCUUGUCCACAUCCUCCAUAGACUCGCCACCAAUUGCAACUGCUACGCGUCAUACGCGCAAUCAAAAUAACAAUAGCAACGGUAUUGAAAACAUAGCAUCGCCUUCAUGCUCCUCCACAUCCUCAAUGUCGUCGGCAAGCGGCAACAAUGUUGUCAACUUAACAGACUCACCUGUUAACAUGUCCACCCAGUCACAGUCCCAGUCCCAUCAACUGCAGCCGCAGCCACAGCCACAACAGCAAAAUGUUGCUGUCUACAAUAGAAGCAACAACAUUGCUGCUGCUGCUGCCAAGCCACUGAAUAAGAAAAUGUUGCGAGCGCAACAAACUCAGUUGUAUCAGCAGCAACAGCAGCAGCAUCAAUUAGCACAAAACACUAGCGCCUCAGUCUCUGCCACUGCUUCGCCCACAAGCCUCAGCUCAGUCAAUAGUCAAUUUGCGCAGCUGCAACAGCAACAACAACAACAGCAGCAGUCAAAGCAACAUGAAGAUUUAGAAAUAUUGCAAUUUAUUAAUAUUAAUACAAAUACUUCUUCCACAACGACAACAACAACCACAACAAACGCAACAACAAUGUCGCACAACAACAAAUCCACAACGAAAUGCAACAGAACUCCCGAUCUCAAUCCCAUGAGCAAUGCUGCAACAACAACGACAACCAGCAGCAGCAGCAGUCUCAAUCUGCAAAUGGGCGGCGGCGGUGGAUUAAAGUUCAGCUAUGAGGCGCAAACGAUUAGCAAUCAACUGGAUGUGCCCAUGUUGCCGGUUAGUGCUAUCAAGGACUCACCGCCCAGCUCACCAGGCUCGGAAAUCGGCAGCGCCAUGCAUACAACAGCAGCAACAACACUCAACACAGCUCCAGUUGUUGGCAAUGUGCGCAAACGCGGACGCAAAGCCAAGGAUGCAACACUGGCGGCGGCGGCAGCAGCUGCAGCCGCAGCGGCUAGUGUGCAACAGGAUCUCAAGGAUGUGCGUUUACUACAGAAUGGUGUUGGCCCGCUCAGUGUGCCAGUGAGCGCGCCCACGCCGCCAGCCACGCCCGCCAUAAGCAGCGCCAGCAGCUCUGGUGCCAGCUCGAUUAUCGCCCACACGGCUACACAUAUGCUGGGCAAUCAUGUGAAUCCCAGCAGCAGUGUGGCGCAGAAACUAUCCGAGCAGUUGCAUAUGGAAGUGCAGGAUCAUGCCAUCUACACAACCGACCCAAUCAAUGCGCAGUUUACAGGCGUGCCCUUUCCCGGCAAGCAGCGCAAUGCUGCAGCAGUUGCCGCCAGCAGCACAACAAUGGCGCCAAAUCCGCUGCAGUCCAUGUUCAGUGGCAUUAGUGGCAUGAAUGGCAACAUGCCCAUACCGCAGAGCCUCGAGCAGCUGCUGGAGCGUCAGUGGGAGCAGGGCUCACAGUUUCUUAUGGAGCAAGCGCAGCAUUUCGACAUUGCCUCAUUGCUCAAUUGUCUGCAUCAGUUGCAAAGCGAGAAUCUGCGCCUGGAGGAGCAUGUGACCAGCUUGAUAGCGCGUCGCGAUCAUCUGCUGGCCGUCAAUGCGCGCCUCCAGAUACCGCUGAACAAUGCAAUAAACAACGCCAAAGCCGAGGCGCAUGGUAAGUAGCGAGACAUGCAACAUGCUUGGUGAAGGCAACUGCCCCAACUUCUACCUAUCCACCUACUACUCGCACACGCACACAAAACACACACACACAUACAUACAAAUGUUCACACUUAACGCUAAUGGCCACUGGAGCGAGGAUUCAUCUUUCAAAUUGAAACUGUACAUUAACUUACAUCAGAGAUGUCAGCCGAUCAGCCAGUCCUUAGUCAUAAUUUCUUUACGCUACAUACUAUAUAGCCUGAUUCUAACUAGCUUAAGUUAAUAACUA